AUGGCCGAUGUGCUAAGCGUAAUUGCAAGCGGCGUCGCCGUCGCCCAAUUGGCGGGCACGGCGGGCGGCGCGGUGCUGAAGCUCAAACGGCUCUGGGACCAGGUCAAGGACGUGCCCGAGACAAUCCGAGAUCUCAUGGAGCAGAUUGACUGUCUGGAUCCCGCCCUGUGGCAGGCCGAGCAGCAGUUUGCGCAAAACGAGUUGCCCCAAUUACUCUGGAACGACGAAGCGGCCGUUCGAAGCGUGACCUACUGCCGCAAGGCUCUGGGCAAGCUGACUGAGCUUGUCAACGACCUCGACGUACAGAUCAACACCAGCCGCCGGGUGUCGAAGAAGGUGGCCCGCAUCAAGGUUGCGCUCAAAAAGGAUGAGUUGAACAAGCUGGAGCGGCGACUGGAUAAUGCUGUUCGGAUGCUCCAAGCUGCACAGCAGGGCUAUAUCAUAACACUGUUGAAGCUCCAGCCUGACAUUAUAGUGGGAAAGUUCAUGUCAUGUAUCGAAGCUGCUAAAUCCGCAAGCAACUCAGGGACCAUAGUGGAAAUUGACCCACAAGAUGACCGAAAGGAGGUCAAGACCUACUCGAUCCAGCGGAAAGUGACCAGGAAACCUUUGAAGUCUCCCAGCGCUGUGGCCGGUUUCAGAAUUGGGAGUUCGUCAGAGGGAUUAUCUGCUGGGUUCCGCCCUCCUUGGUGGCUGUUUGGUGUCACUUGUGCAUUCGAAUUUAACGCGCGUCGGUCCCUGGCAGGAUGGGAUAUUCGCUUGCGGACGUAUGCCGUAGUACCUUACAAUACCCCAAUAUGGGCUGCCAUGUCUGGAGGUCAUGUCGAACGCGCGCGAGCAAUUUUCGAUAGUCGCCAAGCAUCCCCGUUUGAUGUAGAUGAACUCGGAAGAAGCCUGCUAUUCAGGGCAAUUUACUGGUGCAGCCCAGCUAUUCUUGAGCUCAUCUUGAACCUUCAUGUCUUUUCAGAGGAAGAAGUCGCUCAAAAUAUUGUAUCAUCGAUUCACACUUUUAGUUAUUUAAAUUCUUUCGCCGAAUUGAAAAAUACUACAUUGAAAAACAACUGCAACAUGUUGAUUUCAAAAGGGUUUCUUGCUAACUUUGCUGGUUAUGUUGAAAGCACGAAGCAUUGCAACUGUUGUUUACUGGAUGAUUGGGAUAUGUUUCAACUUGUUCAGCCUAUCUUUUGCCCAAAUCAUCAAGCUACCACUUUAACAUCACGAAUGAAGAGGUUUAAGUAUAGAAUAUGUCAUAAUUCGGCGGUGUCACGUUUUGUCAUUGGAUGGGACUCGGUCUUAGACAGCGACGGCAACUUGAGCUGUAGCGAAUCCACUCAAGCUUCUCUUUUGCACACAGUGGCCAGAAACGUGUGCUGGGUAGAAGUGUUGCCGAUGCAUCCGAGUUUUGAGGAUUAUGAAUCCAAAAAGAAAGAAUAUCAACCGUUUGCAGUUCAAGUUGUGAAGGGAACAAAGGACCUUCAUCGGCUGGAGAGCAGCAUCAAUUUCUAUAAGCUCCACACGCCACUGACAUAUGUGAUACUGGGACUUUUGCUCCAGCCGCCUUUUCCAGCGGUCCUUAAAUGGACACGCUCAGAAGUGGAGGCCAUUCUAGUAAGAAGGCUUCGUCAGUGGCUCAUGAUACUCCAAGAUGCUGGAGUCAACAUUGCUGCGUACGGACGACGGGAAGACGAAUUAUUACGUGGCAUCUCACCUGGGUUCCCGAGACGAAUUUCCCGAACAGCCAGGGCAAGAUGCAUGCCAGGUCAAAAAUCUUCUAGCCAUUCAUUUAUAUCUCGAAAAAACGCAUGGAGUUAUCAUAGCCGUCUCUUGGGCUUCAAAACAGGCCCGAACAUCGAGGACUGGGGAGUCUGGAUGACAGAACCAACUGAUCGUUUUGCUGGGCACUUCUGGACCAUGAUUGAAGCAUCACAAACACCUCAUCAUGUACCAGGCGCUUGGGUCGAUAGCGAAAACGACAACGACUCUUUAUAUUGGUCGUCGGACGACGAUAUUGACGAGGUUGACUCGUCGUUAUAUUCGUUAGACGCUGAUGAAUGA